UAUCUACUCAGUCACCACACUGUGUGGAGAGACAGUCAUGACACCGUGUGAAGAGAGGAAAGGAGAGGCAAAACAUGGGGAGGAAUAAUUAUUCAACAGCCAGCUUGACCAGGGGGUUUGUAACAUCACCUCAACGGCUCGUAACCAAUCAAUAUGGAAAUAUUCCCCAUCCCACUCUUUCCUAAUACAGAGACUGUCUGGCUGCUCCAUCAACAGUGAUCAAGGUGAUGGAUGUUUCAUCAGGUGGCAGACUUUGGUAAACAUACAGCCGCCCUUGUCUGAGACACAUUUUUUUACAUGAGGAGAGACUAAGCCGCUGAUCCUGGUGCGCGAUUUUGAAAAGGCAAUCAGGAAGAGUUGGCGCAUGGAUGGAUGUUUGAUGGUCAUCUAAUGACUUGUGGUGUAAUGGUGAUACAGACUAGACACAGUUAGUCUUGGAACACUGAUUUUGGCGGCACAGGCAAGCAGAACAGAAACAACACUGUAAGUUUUCCAACAGCCAUCUUAACCAGAAGAACUCACACCCAACAACAUCAAAUCGAAAAUGGCAUCGCCGUUACAGAAAAGAGUCGUAUUGGCAAUUUUCACGAUCUUUCAAAUAUGUGCCUCGACAUCUACCUGUCCGACGCAAUGUUCAUGCAACUUGAACACAAAGACAAUGACAUGUGACGGGAGUAAAGACGCGACCGUCACAAUUGAUGAUGCAGCACUUUCGAAAAUACUCAAACAGAUUCCUGCGGGGACUGAGGAACUUGUGAUAAAACACGCAAGUAUUUCGAAAUUGACACAAGGAUUAUUCAUGCAUGUAAAAGGUCUUAUUGACUCUAUGAAAAAUUUCACCAUGACCUCUAGCAAAAUUUCUGAAAUUGAACCCCUUGCUUUUGAGAAUUUCAUACACAUCACAUACUUGGACUUGUCGGAUAAUAACAUUGUUCCCCAAAACUAUACAUUUCAGGAACUCCUACAUCUGAAAAUUUUAAAACUUAACAACGCAUUUUCGCCGAUUUCUCCAAAUUUGCAAUUCCCGAAAAAAAUAUUUCACGGUGUCGAGAAAUUGGAAAUUCUGGAGUUAUGUUCUAACAAAAUACACGAAAUUCCUAUUGGGCUUUUCAAUGGGGUUUGCAUCAAUUUGAAGUCGGUGAACAUAUCUGGCAACCGCAUUCACACCCUAAAGAACGACACGUUCAAAAACUGUCCAAAAUUGAAGAAUCUGUCAAUUGAAAACUCUCAUUUGGAUGGACUGGACGCAAAUGCUUUCAGUGGCUUGAUUAGUUUGACACAGUUGAAUCUUCAGGGGAACAAUCUUCACACUCUAAGAAUUUCGCAUGUCGAACCAAUAAAAAAUGCAACAAUCAAUUUCGAUGAGAAUCCCUGGACCUGUGACUGCAGUUUAAUCUUCUUUGUACAGUGGUUGCAAAAGGAGAACGUGAAUCUCGAUCUAAAAUGCAAAUGGCCGCUGAUACUUGCAAAUAAACAGUUGCUAACAUUAAACGUGUACGACUUGGGUUGUGAGAAACCAAAAGUGACAGAGAUCAGUAAAAAUCCUUUGAAAUUAUUCGAAGGCGAUAAUGCGACCUUUGUUGUGGAAGCAAUCGGCCUACCUUACGUCACUGUGAACUGCACCCAUGCAAAACAGGGCACCAAUCGGAAAAUGGUGGUGAUCUACCGACACAGCAUUCAUUUUGAUCAAGGUGUCGCACGCCAUUUUACAACAAUCAUAAUGGAUUUCGUGCAACCGACAAUUUCCGACUCUGGCAACGUCACGUGUCACGUACAUAAUAUCCUUGGGGAGGAUAAGUUGGUGAUCAUUUUGCAGGUUCUUAAAACUGAUAACGGGCAGCGCAUCGAUAUUGUGAUAUUUGUAUCUGGGAUUAUGGCAUUCGUCAUCGCGAUUGGGUUACUGAUCGCUUGCCUAAAUAUCCGAAAUAAGAAGCAGGCCGAAAAGGAAGCGAAGGCAAAUGAAUUAAUGGCGAUGAAGGGCCAUGAAAAUCACGCAUUCGAGGAUAAUGUGAAAUCGACAAACAGACGGCGUGAUUCGAUAGGAUAUUUUCCAACCAGUGGUGCAUGUAAAAGUGCACUUGUACCAAGUGUUUAAAAUGACAUUUCAUUGUGUCCCAAAUUUUGAUAGAUUUCUCUGUUAGGGUUGGGUCAACCUGCAGUGUAGUAGCAUUACUGCGUGUUCUUCAAUGGACACCUUAUAAGGAGUAUAUACUGUGGAAUGUUAAAGGCCUAUGCCGUUCAUUUGAUAUUUGAAAUUUGUAAAUGAAUUUUAAAAAACGAUUUGUGUAAAUACGGACUGAAAAUAAAUUUCAACAAUGCCAUUGUGUAGACAGAGAAUAUAGAAAUACUAUAAAUAUGAAGUUCAAUCUGCAAAUUUGUAUGCAUAGUAACUGCAAAACAGCAUUGUGUAGGACUAUUUUCCUGGACCACCAGUAAUUAUGAACGGCGUACCCCUUUAAUAUAUGCAUGCUUUUGGGACACCCUGAAUGUACUGGUUGGAACAUUAUUAUGAUAACCUCAUAUAGGACCCCUGUAGUGCACUGUAGAAAAUUAUCAUGAGUGUUUUUGGGACAUCCUGCAUGUGGUGGCUGGAGCAUUCUAAGGACUGCCUCUCGGGACACAUCAUAGUGAACUUAUAGAAUGCUACUGUAAAUGCUUUUGGUGCACCAUGUAUGAACUUGGUAGAACAUUAUCACGAUGAUUACCUUUAUGGGAUAACCUGUAGUGUACUAGAGAGGUUCAUAUUUCGAUUCAAGAAGAAGAAUGACAUGGCAAUUUGACGAUGGAUUUCACAUUGCCUUUAGUCAGAAAUGCAAUGAAACAGUGUGUCUUCAAUAUCCAGAAAAAAUGAUACAAAACAAUUGCCUUGAUGACCACAACCAGAGAAAUCAUCUCAUUCUCGGAUUAACUCUGAACCACUCUAUGAUUAGCAAAUAAAGUUUUAUCGAGAUGUUCAUCUGAUCAUUUAGGCAGCAAGUUGAGGACGCGCUCACGACACACUUUUUUCUCAGUUCAGCAUUACUCAUAAAAUCUUGCCAUUUCUUAAAUGUAUUUUCAGCAUUGCAAAACAUUAAACCGAAUUUCUCUGGUGCUAUCCCUUGUAAAAUAAAAGCUUCCAACGUGAAUAAAUGUAGGCAUUUUAAUAGAAA